AUGCAAAUUUGUGGUCCAAUUGUAAAUUGUACUUACAACGCUUAUGACGGUCAACAAGGAGAAUGUAGAAUAGCUAAUGAAGUUCCUAUAGAUUAUAUUCAUUUCAAUGAUCCCCGUUGUCCUCGUUAUUCUUUUAACUAUCAAGAGGAGUUAAAGAUAACAAUAAUUCCUAACAUCACUGAGAACUAUUUAGACGUCACUGAAAGCUUUUUAGAUGGACUUGAAAUAGAUAAAUAUUAUCCAUCAGACAGAAUUUUAUAUAAAAAAUCUGUUUCUUUACAUCUUAUGAGCGAACAAACUAAUAUCAUAUAUUGGUCACCUACAAUUGUAAAACGAAUAUUUAGUAAAUAUGCAUAUGGUCUUGCAGGUGGAAAGAGUAUAGAAUAUGCCAGCUUUAAUGCACAUACGAGCAUAACAACUUUAAACACUCCAAAUAUAACAACGCUUGUACUAAGAUCCACUUCAAUGGAUAUUCAUCAUCAAGAAGAAACUUUUUAUGAUCUUGGUACAAUUAUAUCGAGUAUUGGUGGAUUCUUCAGCUCUUUAUCUGGAAUUUUUGUAUUUUUAUUUGGAGCAUCUAAAUUAGCACCAUGGGGAUUUUUGCAAAUACAUGUAUUUAAUUGCCUAUGUACAAAAUAUCAAAGAAAAUUCGUAAGGAAACUUAAAAAUAAUUACGAACCAAUUCCAUUCGUCAGUGGAAGAACUAAAAAUUUUACUUUGGAAGAACGUGUUCAAAGUAUCGAAAAUAUGCUACAAGAAUAUUAUCUUGAUACGGAUUUUUUGAAUAUAUUAUUAGAAAACAAUGGUAAAGUUGAUAAAAUUAAAAAUUGA